UUUGUGUCCCUUCCUCUUUCUCUCUCUCUCUGUCUCUCCAUCUCUUUCACAGGGCUGGUGAGAAUGGUACCUGACAGUCCGAGCCCAGAGCGCUUCACUUCCCCCCUCCCCUCCCACCGGCACAGCAACGGGCACAGCAACGGGCACAGACCUGGGCCCAGCAAUGGCAGUGGUCUCCUCACCCCCUGUAACAGUGCUAGUAGCUCCCGUGCUGCCAGCCCGAGUCUGGGACUGUUAAACCUGGUGGAGAUUGAGAGGAGACUGAGGGAGGCCAAGGCAGAGAGAGAGAGGCUUCUCAAAGAGAGGACUGUGAUGAGAGGAAGCUAAAGGGGGUGAUCUACUUCCAGGCUAUAGAGGAAGUCUACUAUGACCAUCUGCGCACAGCCACUUCAUCGCCGCGGCCCAGCCUUACGUUCUGUGUGAAGACGUACGAGCGCCUCUUCUUCCUGGUGGCGCCCAGCGCCGAGGCCAUGAGGAUCUGGAUGGACGUCAUUGUCACAGCAACAGACGAGCACAGCCGCUACUGACCUCGACUUUACACCUGCCCCCUUUCCUGUGUCUGUCUGACCUACCCCUUGGGCUGAACCUCCAUUCAGCUGGCUGACUUGGCUAACCUGGCUACAGUUUCAGCAGUUCACAUUAUGUGGGGAAAACUGCAAUCUUCAACCUCCACCCUCCAAUGAGUGUAGGACCCAGUUAGGCAGCCAUUUUGAUGCCUGAACUUUACCUCAUCUGAGUGGUGGAGGUGGAGGUGAGGAGUGAUGAGCCGAACAUAAUGUUCAGGAAAGCUCUUCCUGAAGGAACUGACAUUUGAUUCUGGAUAGUUUCUUAGGAGCUUUGAUGGCAUGGGACUGAGUGGCAGACUCUUACAGGUUCUGUGUGGAACAAGAGAUGUUUAGAGGAUGGAGGAGGGACAAGGCCAUGGGAAUAUAAAGACGUGGAUGUGCAAGCUGGAGCAACCAUUGGACAUCUUAGAGUCAGUGCCAACCAUGAUAUACUGAUGAUAUACUGACAGACAAACCUAUGAUGUUUUUUAUUAGUCUCAAAUCAGGAUUUAAUGGUUGGUGUCUCUCUACCAGCUGUGUUUGAGCUCUCUCUUGUGGCCAGAUUGAAGUAUUGAAGUACUACAGCUUCCAUUGAAAUAUACAGGUAGCUGACAAAGUAAAGGAAACACCAGCAUAGUGUGUCUUAAUAGGUCAUUGGGCCAACCACGAGCAAGAACAGCUUCAAUGCACCUUCGUGUGGAUUCUACAAGGGUCUGGAAUUCUAUUGGGGGGAUGCGACACCAUUCUUCCAUAAGAAAUUCCAUACUUUUGUGUUUUGUUGAUGGUGGUGGAAAAUGCUGUCUCAGGCGCCGCUCCAGAAUCUCUUAUAAGUGUUCAAUUGGCUUGAGAUCUGGUGACUGAGUUGGCCAUGGCAUAUAGCUUUACAUAGUGUUAAUGCUCAUAAAAUCAUUCAGUGACCACUCGUGCCCUGUGGAUGGGGGCAUUGUCAUCCUAUGGUGGCAUAGCCAUGGUAGACAAAAUAAUAGCCAAAGUAAUGGCCUGCCCAGCAUUUUUAUACAUGACCCUAAGCAUGAUGGGAUAUCAAUUGUUUCAAUAACUCAGGAACAACACCUGUGUGGAAGCACCUGCGUUCAAUAUACUUUGUAUUCCUCAAUAACUCAAGUGUUUCCAUUAUUUUGGCAAUAACCUGUACAUGUUGAAAAUAUGUAUAUUUUUCAUCUGUCAAAAGGGCUGUUCAGAGUCAAUAAAAACACUAACCGAGCA